AUGGAGGGAAUGCUGGAUGCUGUCACAAAACUCGGGAAAUAUACACCUGCUUUUAUCCGUAGAAAACUUAUGUCGGGAAGGUUCACCUACAUUUGCAUAAUCGCCGCACUGUGUUUUGUGAGUGUGAUAACUCUAGGUAUUUUUCAAACUAGUUUGAAAACGAAUAGAGAACAGAUAGACAAUGCGCGGUAUUGGAGAGAAAUUGCAGGUCUUGGUAGAUUGAACAAGCCACAAGUGGAAUUCAAUUUUAAUAGCAACGAUCAAGACACAGAUACAGGGAUAGGAAACCAAAGAAACCUCAAGGAAGACAAGAGCUCUGGUCACAGGGGCAAGAACGAGAAGGAUGGAAAUGAUAUCGCUGCUAGGGGGCAACCUGGCAAUAAACAGGUAAAAAACGCUCGUGAAAAACAACCUUUAUUUAAGAGUAAUUCUAAACUAUUGCAUGAAAAGGGAAAAAAUCAAUUCGAUAAAAAAUUCGUUGAAAAAGAAACUGUAAAAGAAUUAGGUGUUAUUCCAGCUGACAACGAAAAGAAAGAUAUCAUCCAGAAAAAGUCAAAUGACAAAAUACAUGACACUUUCGAGAAAGAACCUUUGAUCCGCGAGGAAAACGAGGAAGAGAAGGAACAACAAUCAUUGAUCAAAGCUCUUUCAGAUCUACUGGCAAAGCUGGAAGACAAUGGAUUAAACACUGAUUUAGAAGAGAAAUUAUUUGCAUAUAAUAAUAAGAACAAUCACCACCUUCCCAGCUUCGAUCCAAAACAGUAUCCACAAACAGUAGACAUUCAACAACUAUUGAGUAAUUUCGUUCAAACGGGCGUCCUUCCCGAUAACCCCAUCAACAAAUGGAUUUAUCAGCCGAUUAUCAAUCCCACUCAUGUGUGUGAUCAAACAGUUAGGACGUCAAAGGUGUUUUUACUCUUUAUCGUGAAAACGUCACCGGAGAAUUUCGAUAAAAGAAAAACCAUACGUAAAACAUGGGCUGAUCCGAUGAGGUUUCCUAACAUUAGAACAGUGUUUUCAAUAGGAGUGCCAAAAUCUUCAGGUACAAUGAAGAAAUUGAGACUGGAAUCCACGAAGUACAAGGACAUUCUACUGAUGGACUACAAAGAUAGUUACUACAACCUGACACUAAAGACAACCAGCGGCAUCAAUUGGGCAGUGGCACAUUGCAACAAGGCCGAGUUCGUUGUUUCUAUCGAUGAUGAUAUAUACUUAGCUACCGAUUUCCUUACGCUGUACCUGCAGAGUUUAUCAGAGUCUCAGGCCGAUAGACUUUACAUGGGGCACGUGUACGAGAAGACCUUGCCCGUUCGGAAAGAGACUGCAAACGAAUACACUCAAAAAUGGAUAAUAUAUGAAAGUGAGUAUUCGUUUAGAACCUAUCCAGAUUACGUGUUCGGGGGAUGCAUCGUCAUGUCUAUGAGAACAGUAGUGGAAAUGUACACAAUUAUCCCGUACACUAAAACCAUUGUAAUGGAGGACGUGUACCUUGGUAUUUUAGCCAGUAGACUCGGGAUAGCUCCCAUACAUACAGACUUAAUAGAUGUUUAUGUGACUUACUCUAAUUCGGAGAAGUUUAAGACUCUCAUAGCCUCCCACUACUAUAAGUCUUCCCACAUGCUGAAAAAGGCGUGGGAAUGCCAUUUAUCUUUAGUCAACAAAGAUGUAGAGAAAUCUGCAUACUGUACCUACCUAAAGGACGAAUUGGAGGCACUUCGGAAACACGUAGAUAACAUACUUCAUUGGAUAAAUUUAUCGAAUAAUGCUGUUUAG